CUGGUGGGAUGAGGAAUGUUUCCUACAAGUGUCAGGUGCCCGUUUGAUGCUGCCUUUUCGCCGAGAGAUCUCCAGACACACCUCGGAAGGGCUCGCUUGGAACUCGAGGCCGGCCCCAAAUUCCUCUUCUCCCUCCUUCGUGUGGCAUCCGCCUCCGCCUCCUCCUCCUCCUGGGAAGGAAGGGGAAGGUCAGGCCUGUUUGGCAAAAUAAUAUGUAGGUCAGUGGAGCGCUUCCUGCCCUUGUGCAAAAACAAGAGGCGGGAGAGAGAGAGAGAAAGAGAGCGAGAGAAGGGGAGAGGGAGAGCGCGCGCUCUCUUUUUCCCGCGCAGCUGCCUUGGGUUCUCCUCGUCCUCAUCCUCCUCCCCACGUGCCAAAAAAGAAGCCGAAAGAGCCCACCUUCUCUUGGGAAGGGAGGAGGAGGAAGCGCCUUGCCUCCGUGACCCCAUUUCGCGGCUCCCUCUUGGCCGAGAGCCUCCUCCACGCAGAGAGAGAAAGCGGGCGAGGCAUGGCGUGAGGGGCGCCUCCUCCGUGUCGUGGCGAGGAUGCCCCCUUCUUCGCCGACCCCGGCGGGGCAGCAGCCACUUUGGAGGCGAGGGGCCCCCGCGGUCUUCGUCGCAACUUAAUGCCCGGCCGAGACUCCGCGCUCCCUUCCCGCCAGAGCUGAGGAGGGGAGCGGGCAGCGUCCGGCAUGCGGGGCCCCCUCACACCAUGAGAGACCGGCGGCGGAGUGGGAGCACCACCAACACCACCACCAGCAGCAGAGAAGGCGCCUCGGAGCCCCCCGUGCCUUGGAGGGAGAGCUCGGCCGGCCAGCGGCGCGAGUGGGAGACCCACGGCGGCGGGAGUCCGCCAACGCGAGUGGCCACCGCGGAUAGCAGCAGCUACAACAGCCGCAGCAGCGUCGACCCCCUGUGCCCUCCCGCCAGGCUCCUCAGAACAAGCUGUUUAGACAAUCUAAUGGAUGAGGAUGAAAAAGACAGGGCAAAGAGGGCUUCACGUAACAAGUCUGAAAAGAAAAGGCGUGAUCAGUUCAACAUUCUCAUCAAAGAGCUCAGUUCAAUGCUUCCAGGAAACACCCGUAAAAUGGACAAAACAACAGUACUUGAAAAAGUCAUUGGCUUUCUUCAGAAGCACAAUGAAUUCUCCACACAGACAGAGAUUUGUGACACACAACAGGAAUGGAAACCUUCCUUUCUCAGCAACGAAGAAUUCACUCAGUUGAUGUUGGAGGCAUUGGAUGGGUUUGUUAUAGCUGUUACAACAGAUGGAAGCAUUGUAUAUGUUUCUGACAGUAUUACUUCUCUUCUUGGACAUUUACCAUCUGAUGUGAUCGACCAGAAUUUGUUAGAUUUCCUUCCAGAACAAGAACAGCCAGACAUUUAUAAAAUAUUAUCAUCUCAUAUGCUUCUGCUAGACACUGUAUCAUCAGAUUACCUAAAAUCUGAUGAUGAUUUAGAAUUUUACUGUCAUCUUCUGAGAGGAAGUCUGAACUCCAAAGACAUUCCAACGUAUGAAUACAUAAAAUUUGUAGGAAACUUUCUGUCUUACAGUCAUGUGCCUAUAUCCACUUAUAAUGGAUUUGAUGGUGCUGUUCCAAGAGGUUACAGAACACCACUAGGAAAACAAGUCUGCUUUGUUGCUACUGUUCGGCUGGCAACACCUCAGUUUUUAAAGGAAAUGUGUAUAGUUGAAGAACCUUUAGAAGAAUUUACUUCAAGACAUAGUUUGGAAUGGAAGUUUUUAUUUCUGGAUCACAGAGCUCCGCCAAUUAUAGGAUAUUUGCCUUUUGAAGUACUGGGUACUUCUGGAUAUGAUUACUAUCAUGUAGAUGACCUUCAGCUCUUAGCACAAUGCCAUGAACACUUGAUGCAGUUUGGCAAAGGGAAGUCUUGCUGCUACCGGUUUCUGACCAAAGGACAACAGUGGAUCUGGCUGCAAACACAUUACUAUAUCACGUACCACCAGUGGAACUCCAAGCCAGAAUUCAUUGUGUGUACCCAUACGGUUCUGAGUUAUGCAGAUGUUCGAGUGGAAAGACGACGAAAUGUGAUCUUGGAAGAUUCACCUCCAGAAAUCAUCUCUUCAGUAUUAAAGGAAAGUAGCUCAGGUUUGGACUCUCAACAGCACUUUAGCACAAUUGAAUUAAGGGCAUCGAUUCUCAAUACCAGUCGGACACUUUCUGUAUCUUCACAAGCCUCUCUCAAAUCUGCACCUCCAUCUUUAUCUGAAAUCGCAACCACAACAACAAAGCUCAUCCUAGAAUCGCCUUCUUUGCAAAGAACAUCCACUGUAGAGCAGGAUUUAUCAAUACAGAGGUCUAACCAGCCUUCCAGAGAUCCAGUUCAGAUCUGUGCUCAGUUUAGCAUGUUCCAAAACAUCAAGGACCAACUCGAGCAUAGGACUCGACUACUGCAAGCCAAUAUUCAGUGGCAGCAGGAAGAGCUGCAGAAAAUCCAGGAACAGCUCUGCAUGGUACAGGACUCCAACAUGCAGGUGUUCUUACAGCAGCCAACAGCAGCUCUGAAUUUCAGUAGUUCACAGCAAUCAGAAUCAGAGAGGAAGUCAGUGGUUGAUCCACUUCAGCGGCAGCAUGAGGAGCAGGUCAUUGCAAGGCCUCCUCUUCAUGGGCAGGUUGCAGCUUCUCAGACAGUUGAACAUCAGAUGUUAAGAGAAGAAAAUGUGUUAUCGAGCCAGGACCAGGAAUCAGUGGCUACUUCACAAGGGCUUCAAGAGGGCUGCCGUUCUUCGAACAAUUUAUCUUCCCAAUUUAGGGAGACCUCUGUGCUCCCACAAUCCUUGAGCAUAGCUCCACCUCCUGCCAUUCUACAGAAUAGCACUCAGCAGCACAAUACUUCAGAUUUUGGUCAUGACCGACAGUUAAGACUCUUACUGAGUCAACCUAUUCAGCCAAUGAUGCCUGGGUCAUGUCAUGCAAGGCAGUCGCCAGAUAUUAAUGCAGCUGGACACCAAGCAAAAUAUUCUCAAAGCCUUCAGGCAUUCCAAAGUUUGGAAGUGCAAGCUUCCAGCAGCAAUGCACCUAUAGUGCUGAUGGGACAAGCACUGUUACACCCCAGGUUUUCAGAAAUGCAGACUUCUCAGGCUUCAGCUUUGCAACCUAUGCAGCAACAGCAGCAGCAAUGCUACCUGCAGGUGGGCUGGAACAGAAAUGACAUUGUCUAAUGGGUGCAGUCUGCUGGACCUUUGCAGGGCAGGCAGGCAGAUGGUCUGGUGGUACCUUCCUACCCUCCACAGGAUUGAAGCAUAGAGUACCUUCAUGUGCGAUCACAGCAGCAGCAGGCGCCUGUUGCCGAAAGAACCACUGGCUUGCCUGAAUCCUCAGACAUGCAGCAGCGUCUGCAGUAGAUCCCACCAUCACAAUCAGUGCACAUUUAGCUUUAUUCAACGGUGGAUGGGCAGGAGGAAAUGUUGGUGUUUGCAUAUGUGUUCAUUUCAAAGCUUUGUGACCUAAAGGGACUACCAAGGGUAGACCCUUAUGGAUAGUGCAAUAGGAAAAGGAACGAGGAUUCAUUUUGCAGAUGUUUGCACUGGUUUUGUGACUGUGUUCUUAAAAUUAAUACAUACCAUCAUAUGCAAAUUGUGGCACUAAGGUAUGUGUUAGAAGAAGAUUCGGUUGAAUCUUUUGACCAGAAAAUGCUCUGGUUAUUCCAAAAAAGGGGAAUAUAAGUUAUUUGGCCUUCACUAUUUUGAUCAUUUAAUAUGAAAAGCACUGGUUCAGAGAUUUAUCGAGAGAAUGAGAGAUUAUUUUUUAUUAUGGUUGAUAUUAUUAUUUUGCACAACUGCACAAAAAAGCAUAACCUAGCACUUUUGGUAAGGAAAAGUCUGCUCCAGUGGCCGGAUGAGCACUUCCAAUGGGAAGGAGCAUAUUGUCAUUUAGUUUAAAAUAAAAUCACCUUGCAGUUUGUAACCCUCAGACUCUUGACCAGAAAAUUGUUACCUACCAUCCUACUCUUGUUACUUCUAAUGUUUAAGAUAAAUUACACUUUGCAGCUUCCUAUUUACUUAUUGAAUUAAAACUGUAAACAUUGGGCUUAAGAACAAUCAUUUGCAGCUACUCUUUCAGCAUACUAGCCAUGCUCUUUUAAGCACUUUGAAGAGAUUCUCUUCUAUUUCUUGGACAAAUCCUUCACAACUGUUCACAGAACAAACACCUGAAGGAUAUGCACUGUGUUAGAGCCCAUUAAGUGGGAAAAUGCUGCAACAUAUAUCUUUCAUUAUUACAUUUAGGACUGAAUUUUCCUCCAAGGCAUUGCACUUUUGUAUGCUUUAUGUUGAUGUUUCUAAGAGAUAUUUUAUGUCAUUACAAAAUAAGUGUUUUAAAAAAGAGCUGUUGUAAAGAAAAAUAACAAAAACCCUGACCUAUUUCUAUACAAAAUAAAAUUAUAUGGUGUUAUGUGGAAAUUA